AUGAAGAGGCGGGUGUGUGUGAAUCGCACUGAGAAGGAGAAGCUUGCGCUUCUUAGGCGCUGGAAAGUGUAUAACCCAGAUUGGACUCUAAAAGAAGCCGCUGUCGAGCUUGAGGUCAAGGAAUCGACUUUGAGAGGCUGGGUGAAGCGCUACUGGGAUGUUUGUGACAAAGAGGUUGGCUCAGAUCGCAAGCGCAACGAAGGCGGAGGACGAAAACACAAGAUGAAGCCGUACGAAUAG